CCAACAUGGCCGCCCCCGUCAGGCUCCUGCUCCGGAGGGCAGCGCGUCUUUCUCUCUGUGACUUUAAAGCGAGUGUAAAAACCAGCCGUCGGUGUUUCAGCGAUGCGCCUGAAGACAGAACAACACAUUUCGGCUUCCAAACGGUUCCGGAGGCGGAGAAGGCGAAGAAAGUCUACGAGGUGUUUGAGAACGUGGCACAGAAGUACGACGUGAUGAACGACGCCAUGAGUCUGGGCAUCCAUCGCCUGUGGAAGGACGCCCUGCUGCAUGUGAUGCACCCCCAACCUGGAGCCCGGCUCCUGGACGUGGCCGGAGGAACGGGCGACAUCUCCUUCCGCUUCCUGGACUACGUGGAGUCGCAGCUGGAGCGCCAGCGGCGGCGAGCAGCUCGCUCUGCGCAGACUCCGUCCUGGCAGGACAUUUCCUCGCACUACUCUGCGGAGGAUGCGGAGCCCGAGUCCCGGGCCGUGGUCUGUGACAUCAACAAGGAGAUGCUGAAAGUGGGGAAGCAGAGGGCGGAACAACUCGGCCUCGCGUCAGGUCUGUCGUGGGUCGUGGGCGACGCAGAGGAGCUUCCGUUUGACGACGAGCAGUUUGACAUUUACACCGUGGCGUUUGGGAUCCGCAACGUCACACACAUCGAGCAGGCCCUGCAGGAGGCGCUGCGGGUCCUGAAGCCCGGUGGCAGGUUCAUGUGUCUGGAGUUCAGUAAGGUCACCAACCCCCUGCUGGCCAGCCUGUACGACGCCUACAGCUUUCAGGUGAUCCCGGUCCUGGGCGAGGUCAUCGCGGGCGACUGGAAGUCCUACAAGUACCUGGUGGAGAGCAUCCGCAAGUUCCCUGACCAGGUGGAGUUCAAGCAGAUGAUCGAGGACGCUGGAUUCUGCUGCGUCACAUUCCACAACUUCACCGGAGGAGUGGUCUCGCUGCACUCGGGCUUCAAGCUCUGAGUGACACCUGUCGACUGACUCCACUCGACUUGGAAAUUCUCUGAUCGCCAAUAAACCAUGUGCACACGCAGCGUCUUCUUGGCUUUGUUAGGUGACCUGCUGCUGCAGACUGCACCUGCUCCACCAUCAGACUGGACUCGCCGUCACUCUGGUCUCACACCACGUGCCUCAUGCAGCCACAUCAAGUUAGAGCGGAUGUCAAUGGAUUUAUUCCAGUAGAUGGCGCCAGCUCAGUGCAGCUGCACUGGAAGCAUCACGUCCAACUUGCUGUGGAAUUCCCAGUGUUUGAGUUUUUGUUUUGGAUCUAACUUUAUUAAAUCUCUUCUUUUUUUGUCCGCGUUUGUUCUGGAAUUAUUUGUGAAUUGUUUUGUUACUUUUUACCUUUUGUCUGGUUUUAAACUCCAUAUUUAUUUCCCCUUUUUUCUGACUCCAGACGGCUCCUAGGUGGCGGGGCUACGUGUUUGAACCCGAGACACCAGAAGCAGCCAACUACUACUACUGACUAUUUUUUAUUGACCUUAUGACGCCAUCAUUUUAGGUCGGCACAGCUGCUUUUAUUCUUGUUUCAUUUUUGACUCUAAAUAUAAAUGUUUAUUUUAUUCAAAUUCUUUUUUUCAUCCCUUGAACUCUAUCCUUUUUAAACGUUUAAUAUAUUUUAUUUACUUCAGUAUUUUUACGUAUUUUUUAAUCUGGUUACAUUUUGAACUGUUAUAUUUCUUUUCUCGAUUUUUACAGCUGGACAUUUUAUUUCUGUCAAAUCACAACAAACUUUGAUAUGUAUAUCUGAUUUUUUUUUAAUCAAAAAUGUAUUUUGACUCCAUUUUAAAU